ACGAGCCCGCUCCUUUCCCUGCAGUCCACUAGGUUUCCUCCGCGUCCUUGGCCUUUCUCUCCACCGAGCUUCCCCUCUCUGCUGUAUAGCAUAAGACUGAUGUUUAAUGGAGACAAAUCCAGAAUUGUAUGAACACUUAUCUUCCUCUCUCGGUACCCGCCUCCGUGAGUGGGCUGGGCCGUGGGCCGGAAGCGGAAGUGCUGGCCAGCGUCUGCGAGUUCCGCUCUGGCUAUGGAGGAGUCUCCGAUCAGGGGAACCGGUGCUGGACGCCAAAUCAAAGGUCACCUGCCAGCUUAUAGAUUUUCAGUGGAAACUGGGCAUGGCUGUGAGCUCUGACACCUGCAGAUCCCUCAAGUAUCCGUAUGUGGCAGUGGUACUGAAAGUAGCCGAUCAUUCUGGCCAAGUAAACAGCAAGUCCAUCGAAAUGACAAUCCCGCAAUUUCAGAAUUUCUACAGACAGUUCAAGGAAAUUGCUGCUGUAAUGGAAACUGUGUGAGAACUGACUUAUGAUUUUAAAGUAAUGGACUCUACUUUCCAAAAAAGAACUGCAUAUGGAUCAAAGGAUAUUUAUACAACGAAAAUUGCACUUCUGGGGCUGGAGAGAUGGCUCAGAGGUUAAGAGAAAUGGUUGCUCUUUC